ACAAAAAAAAAACAUAGUUAACCUUAACCUCACUUAAGACUAAAACUUCAUACUCAAACAGCAAAACAUUAGUUAGAACUACAGUAUAAAAAUAUAUUUUAAGUAAAAAUAAUCAUAAUGUCAACAACAAGAUUAAGAUUUUUAGCAAAGUCUUUUAUAACAGAAGGUUUAUUGCGGGUUCCAGGACAUUUGUCUGCUCCACCUGUCCGACACAAGAUCUACAGUCCUCUUUACCUGGCACCCAUCACCGACCGUAAGAAGCUGGAACAGAUGAUGGAGAGUGGAGAAGCGAGUAAGCUGGAAAGUGUCCCAAUACUUCCAGCGCUCACCACAGAUAAUAACUCCAUCUACAGUGAUCCUGUUAUCAAGAAGUUCACUAACUAUUUGAUGCGAGACGGAAAAAAGACACGUGCACAGAUGCUGUUGCUAAAAACCUUUGAGAGGAUAAAACGCUAUCAACUGGAGAAGUACCACAAGGAGGAAGACCCUGCUGAGAAGGCUAAGAUUGAGGUGGAUCCACUCAAAAUAUUCCACUGUGCCAUAGAGAAUUGCAAACCUCUGUUGCAACUAACUAAAAUUAAAAGAGGUGGAGCCACUUACCAGGUGCCUAUCCCCAUCACGCCCAACAGAUCCUCGUUCCUUGCCAUGAACUGGCUUAUAGAGGCUGGUCGUGAAAAGGACAGAAAGAUUGUGUGGUCUCAGCAGAUGGCGCAUGAACUCAUCAACGCUGCAGACAAUAAGGGCCGAGUAGUCAAGAGGAAACAAGAUCUACAUAAGUUGUGCGAGGCCAAUCGAGCAUAUGCUCACUACAGAUGGGGCUAGUCUAAAGGUGUUAUAAUCUGUUGUAAAAUAAAUCAUAAUAGUGUUGUUC